ACACGCUAAAUUAAAGGAUUUAUUACAGCUGAUAUUGCUGUAGACCGGCAUGACUAUGGACGCCCCUUGAUAAAAUCAACAACAGCAGCCAGCAAGGUCGCUGAGGAUUAUUAUCAAAAAAAAAAGGAUAAAAGCAACAAAAACUGGCAGAUAUAAGAAAUUAAAAGUUCUGGCGUUGCAGACGGAUGGAAAAAUCUGAAGAGCCGGAUCCCAUAUAGCAUGCACUUUAUCAUAUGGGCCAGGAUCAGACUGGGGGCCAAGCGGUUAUGCUGUGCAGGCCGCUGUCGCAGCAGGCAACGAAACUGGGAAACCACACCGCCACACAUAUACCUAUAGCACCAGCAGUAAUCAGCAACACAAACAACAUCAGCGCGAGCAUAAGCAAAUCAAGGGCAACCUUUGGACAUGGCAACAGGGCAGAUGCUGUAGCGGCUGUCGGUGUUAGCAACAACGGCGUGGGCGUCAGUGGCGCCUCUGUUGUUGUCUGGGGCAACAUCAUUAGCUUCAAUCACAGCCUAAUGAUAUUGCCCAAGGCAAACCAAUUGUAUUAUGCCGUAACUAUUGCUAAAAAUGCAUAAUUUUUCUACAUAUUUCAUGUUGAGAAAAUAUUUCAAUCGACAUUAUUGAAAAUGUA